AUGAAGGUACGCGCCAUAUUUCUCAAUUUCUCUGUGCAACUCACUCCCCCUUCACGCCUUGUCAUUCUCCGCAACCAAAGCGUUUUUUUUUCUGCGUUGCUGCUUAACUGUCCACCUCUCCUGCCGCUGCCGACUGAGGCCUCUCCGUGCUACGCAGUGAGCGAAUCACAGCCUUACGCUAGAAAACAAAGCUGCAUCAUCACCGCCGCGCGCUCUGCUCCCUCUGUAGACCACAUCCAGGUCGUUCUGUGCCGUCCUCACAACUCACUUCUUGUUUGCCCUUCAAGCCACGCUCGGUCCAGUACCGCUGUCAUGGCGACGGAGGACGAGUUGCGGGAGCUUCUCCCGAAGAUGCGCUUCAACAAGGAGUUCAAGAAGAAGCAGAAGUACCAGUACAAGAAGCGCGUCGAGGCGCGCGAGAAGGAGCGCGAGAUAGUCACCGGCAAGAGGCGCCCAGCGAGCGAACAGAUUCAGUCUGCAAGUGAUGGCGCGAAGACAAAGACCACAGCAGCGAAGAAGUCCGGUGGUGCAGGAAGAGCGGGAACAAAAAGGAAGCCGAAAACGCGCGUGCCGAAGCUGAAGGUGGCCAAUGUGGAGACCGGCAAGGAGACGCUCACAAAGAAGAAGGCGCGGGAGCUGGUGCAGGAAAAUCGGAAGAAGAAGGCUUGCGCCAAGAAGGAGCCGAAGCUGACCGCUAAGUCAACCCGUGCAGGUGCGGCCACCGCCGCAGUUGUCUCGAGCGAGACUUUAGAAGGAAAGCAAAGCAAGGCGCGGGUGACAAAGGACGAGCUGCCUGCGACUGCGGCACAGGCGGCAUCGUCAGUGGAGCCGACGCAGACACUGACGCAGGCGGAGCGGGACCGUGAGCUGCUUGCUCGGGCAAUCCGCGGAGACGAUCUGCUCGGCAGCGACGCAGCCGCGGGAGUCGCCGAUGACGCAGCAUUCAUUCGCCAAGACCCGUCGCUCUACCCCGAUCACGCCUUCCUGGACGAUUACGCGGAGAAGAAGCACGCCGAAGCCGUCUCGGCCGAUGAGUUGCUCCAGAACGCGCACCACUUUUUCAAGAAGCUCAGCAAGCAAGAGCGGGCCCUCAACAAGGUUGCGAAGGAGCACAUUAACCAUCUUCGGGCGGUGAACCGCCGCGGUGGGGACAAACAAGGGUUCCGUUACGUGGUGCCCAAGAAUGUGAAGCAGGUGGUGCGAGAGCUACUCUCGGCGCAGAAGGCGCGUGACGGCGACGAGGAUCCGGAGACUCUCGUCGACACCGAGCAGCUGGUGUCGACGUUCGGCGGCGACGGGGUGGCGGAGACCUCUGAAAAGCCUGUGCGCCGCAGCCGUCGUCGACGCUUGCGGACGUACUCGGACUUCUACCAGUUUCAGGUGAGUAGGCGGUGGACUCGCAACGCGGAGAACUUCCUUAAGCGUAGUCGAUCAAACAAGCUGCUGUUCGAGGCGAAGAAGCACCAGCGUACCAUCAAACAUUUUUGA